AUGUCCAGAUUAGUGUACCAGAAAUCUUUCACAGUACCAGGUGUUAGUGAUUGUAGUCACAUUUCCCAUGUAUCAUCAGACCGGAUCUGGAUCUGUGAUGGGGAAAACCUCAUCUUGGCAAACACAGCAGGUGAUAAACUACAUCAACUGACAGAUAUAGGUAGAUGUUAUGGAGGGCAUACGGUGACUAGUGGCGGUGAUCUAAUUUAUAUAGACAGGGAGUAUAACAUCAACAAACUGUCUACCGAUAACAAAAUAAAGACGACCCUAAUAAAGUACACAGCACCAUGGAAACCAGUGAGUGUCUACAGCUCCCCCUCCACUGGAGAUCUGCUGGUCGGGAUGUUUAAUACUGAUACACGGCCAUUUACAGGCCAGGUAGUGCGGUAUAACUCCACAGGAGAAAUCACCCAGAUCAAACAACACGACCACAACACAGGUCAAGACCUGUAUAGAGAACCUUACUACAUCACAGAGAGCCGCAAUGGAGAUGUUAUUGUGUCUGACUGGGGCCGUGGUGUAGUGGUGACAGAGCAUGGGGGAAAGCACCGCUUCUCCUAUAGAAGACAUCCACCAGGAUCAAGACUACUACCACUAGGAAUCUGUACUGACGCGCUGUCAAACAUCCUGGUGUGUGAUUAUAACACCCAAACAAUACACAUAUUAGAUAAGAACGGUCACUUCCUACAAGAGGAAGAAACAUCUCAACAAGGGCUAAGCUCACCACAGGGCCUGAGUUAUGAUUAUCAAACUAAACUUCUGUGGGUGGGAUCAUGGGACAACAACACAGUAAACAUAUACAGAGUAACAUACGACGACUCUCUGACCCAAUUAAAAGAAGCAUUCAAAAACGAACUGAAGCAUGGCUCUUGCAAAAUUCGACAGGUCCGAAUAAUGGUUGUUGGUCACUACGGAGUGGGGAAGACAACAUUGACAUACGGCUUAAUAGGGAAGGACAAAAAAGGAAUUGAAAGCACGGAUGGAAUAGACCUGUUUCGUGCUCGAUGUCGAAUAGAUGAUUCAAAUGACGACUCUCGAAAGUGGCGUUUAGUUAAGGGAAACUUUUUGUCUCCAGCUGCCUUGGCAGCGGCUCCCAAUGCAUCACUUGAUCACCAAACAGAAUCAGAACGAAGUACAGGAAUAUCUGUCAAAACACCUGGAUUCUGUGAAAAUAAAGCAACCUCGGUAGACGAGAAACAGAAGCAGACAUUAAAUCUAUCUCAAAAUCCUAGUAGUAGGACUUAUGAAACUGUUACUCCGUUAUCAGAAUCUGUGAAAAGUUCUGAAGAAAAACCUGCCCAUAAAAAAACUAAAAAUGCAAACAAUGUUCAAUCUCAAAAUACGGAGCAAUCAUCUAUGGAAGAAGAAAGAAGCAAAAAUUCUUCAGAUUUCUACGAAAAAUCACAGAAGGCAUGGACAGCAGAACUUGAAAAUCGAAUGAAAAAUAUUUUUAUCGACAUGUGGGACUUUGGAGGUCAGAAUGUUUUUUACACAACUCAUCAGAGCUUCCUUACGAGUCGAUGUAUGUAUCUGCUUGUCAUUAAUUGUGCACAGGACCUAAAUACAGCACUACAAGACAGAUCCUUAUAUCCAACACAACAAUCAGGGUCUAAAGUUCAAGACUUCAUAGACUUUUGGGUAUCUACAAUCACAAACUACGCAAAAAGUGAAAAAAGUGGAUUUCCUCGUAUCAUUCUGAUCGGGACACAUGUUGAUGAAGUUAGAGUAGAUAUACCAACAAGAGUACAAAAGAUCUGUUUGCAAAUAAAGGAAAAUUAUCAAGAUCUUGUUGAUAAAGGGCAGUUAAUCGUCAAUGAAGACCUUUUUUUGAAUGCUAAAGAUACAGAUGAAGAAAAACAUGCUUUCCUCAGAGAGUUUAUCAUACAGCAGGCGAGGCUCCAGCCCCAUUGGGAAGAGCCUUUCCCAAAGUCAUGGCUUCAUUUGUUGGAUUUUAUUGUUACUAAAAGAGAGAAAGGAAUUGACAUUCUACCAUUGAAAGAAUUAAAAGAGUUCAAUCAGAACUCCAUUGUUCCUUUAACAGAUGUGUCUUUAGAAAACAUGCUACAACGACAGCAUGCAAUUGGCGACAUUAUCUUUUUCAAUAUCAGAAUGUUGAAGGACAUCAUAAUCUUAGACCCCUCUUUCCUAAUAAGAGCCCUGAAAAGUCUUAUUUCAACAAGGGGUCACAUGGAAAAAUCUGGAGUGAAUUCAGAAACUUGGAGAAACUUAUCAACCACAGGAGUUGUCUCAGAAGAUACUAUAAAAGAUAUAUGGUCGAAGAAUUCACUUCUUCACAAUAAUGCAGAUAUCUUGCUGGGUGUUUUUCAACACAUGGACAUACUUGUGAAGCCUAAGUCAUAUGUUGAUGGAAAGCAAGUAAAUGUCAACCAAGAAAAAAUAUUUUUCAUUCCCUGCAUGAUUGAAGAAUCAGACAGUAUAGAGAGAGUAGACAAAUUCCUUGAAAGUUCAAAAGAGCUUUACAAGUUUUAUGACAUCUCCAUAAAUAAUGGGAUACUUGUUCCACCAGCCAUUGGAUACAGAUUGUUAUCCUUCUGUACAUCUAUGUGGCCUGUAGUAGAGAAAAGACUGUUCACUGCCUGUGGAUUUUUCCGAUUAGAUCUUCAUCACAUUCUUAUUUUAAGAACAUUCCCUUCAUACAUUCGAGUAUACACAGUGCAUCGGAGAUCCAAAAGUAGCAUAAGUGCUGUCCUAUACAACAGUGUUAAUAGGACACUAAUUUCUUUUCUAGACACCUGCUUACUUCAAUUUCAUGAAAAUUUUAAGAUCGUCAACGGCUGCCAAGAACUACAGGACGAUGCUUCAUCUCAAGAGAACCAAAAAUGCAAAGACAACUGCCCAGGUUUUGAAUGUUCUUGUCAAAAGUUGGUAGAAGAUGUUGAAAUCUUACGGCUAGCAAGAUACUUAAAUCCACAGGAAUUAGGGAUUGUUGGUACAGAACUUGGAAUCCUCGACAUGGACAUCAAACGGAUACAGGCAGAACACACGUCAAUCAAUGACCAGAGAUUUUACGUCCUACAUGAAUGGCGUAAAAGAUCACAACCCACAUUCUCCGAUCUAGAAAGAGUUUUAGUGAAAUUCGAUCUUGACAAACAUACACUCUGUAAGGUCUACAAAACCAGCUAUUUUGAUAUGAAAGUUAUAAAAAACAUUCCAAAUGAUAAACUGGAAAAAGUCUUAUCCGAUCAGGAACUGGAUCAAGUGGCAGGAUACAUUGGACGAGAAUAUUUCCAGUUGAGUCUAGAGUUGGGCCUUACAGUUAGCCGAAUUGAACAAAUCAUUGAAGACCACAGAGAUAAUGUUCUGAAGAGAAUCAAAAGCCUUUUGCAUGAAUGGAGAAAAACAUGUCAAUUGAAACCUACAGUAAAGAUGCUAGGAUGUGCAUUGUUACAAUCUGGCGGGGACUUUCAUUCGUUUUGCCAAUUAUUUAUACCCAAACAAGAAGACGAUCUGUGGCUUCCUCAUUCUUUGUUUCCAAAGUGAAUGUCUAAAUUUUUUUAAACUUCUCCAGAAACAGAAUAAAUUUCAAUCAAUCUUUCUGUAAAGCAUAUGUGAUAAGGCGAAUUCCAUUUUUCUUAUUCGAAUGAAUGACUGUUCUUAUUUACAAAAAAAAAAAAAAAAAGACUAAUAGAUGGAAAUUUGCAAGAAACCACAGAAAAAAAAGUUUGUGAGCUUCCUCUUAAUGUAUGAAUCAUGCCCUAGAGGGCACAACUGUGUAUUCAAUGUUCAACAUUCAAAGUAGUUUUUUUUUUCUGAAAAGUACCUGCAGAGAAUUUUAAGUGAACAAUCUGAUAAAGCAGUUUCACAUUUAUC